UAUCCCGUAUCGCGCGCAAAUGCAACUCCCUUUUAUAAAUCUCAUUAGUUUUCUUAGGCUGUCAUGUUCGAAAUAGAUAGAAAAUCAAAAUCGUUUGAUCGGGAAAACGAUUCAAACUGUUGGAGAGAGCAUACUUGAGUCAUUCCGUGUGCAUUCGUCAUGCAUUCGCCGUCUGCAACAAUCAUCUGGCGACGUCUCGAGGAUCGGAAGUUGCCGUUGCAAAUAUUUCAGAAACAGCCGACUCCCGGCGAACUUCCGUCAUGGAAAGCAUAAAAUAUAGGCUUCUUUUAUCUCUUAUAUUUAGACGUUUAAAUCCCACUUCCGAUUUUUGACAAAUCGUUCUAUCGGAGCGGAAUCCAGUCCCGUGUACUCGUGCACAACAACGUCCCUAGCAACGGUUUGUUUGGAGCACAGACGUCACACUACGGGGUGCAUUGGCAGCUGCGCGCCCUGCUUGCGUCCGGGCCGUCAGCUGCUCGGCUCACACAACCGGGGCUCGACUCCCUGCCUGCCCUUCGGUGCCCUCGAGACGCAUCUCGCUGACUUCCGGCCGCACGCAAUCCCUGGGGCUAAAGACGGGGCCCCAAAUGGACAUGCGGAACGGCGUCAAGGCACACUCAGCCCUGGAGACAUGCAGGUUGUCCUCCUGUGCCGGACCGGACGGCAGCCACGGCGAUUCAGAGAAGAACGUCACCCAGGAUGGACACGCCUUUACCAACGGUAACGUGAUCGGCCUGCUGGACGCCAACGGAGCGAUCGACGAGAACCUCAACCUCGAGCCACCACGGAAGGCAGAAUUCAUCGUGGACGGAGACGACAGUGACUGCGAACGUUCGGCGAUGGAGCGAACGGUGACCGAGGAGCCUCUCGUCAGCAUCUUCAAGCAGGCGGCGCUGCCCUUCCUGCUCGGGGGACUGGGCACGGUGUUCGCGGGACUCAUCUUGGACGCUGUGCAGUCGUGGCCCGCCUUCAGGCACAUCACCGAGCUGUUCAUCGUGGUGCCCCCGCUGCUCGGACUCAAGGGAAACCUGGAGAUGACUCUGGCCGCAAGGUUGUCCACCCAGGCCAACCUGGGUCGCAUGAAGACCGUCAGACAGCAGUGGGACGUCGCCGUGGGCAACAUGGCUCUGGUGCAGUGCCAGGCGUGCGUGCUGUCGCUGCUCUCGUCAGUGUUCGCCAUCGUGAUGGGGCUGGUCUCGGACGACACCUUCCGGCUUGACCAGGCGCUCUUCGUGGCCGCCUGCAGCAUGUGCACCGCCGCCAUCGCCAGCUUCCUGCUCGGCAGCGUGAUGAUCCUGGUGGUGGCCCACUCCGGUCGGUGCCACGUGAACCCGGACAACAUCGCCACGUCGGUGGUGGACGCCCUGGGGGACAUGACCACGCUGGCCAUCCUGGCUGGCCUCAGCACGCUCUUCUACUCAUGGAUAGCGCAGCCCUGGUUCUCUGGCCUGUUCGUGGCGGGGCUGGCCUCCCUGAGCCCGGUGUGGGUCCUGCUGGCCAGGGGACACCCAACCUCCAGGAAGGUGCUCCGGGUCGGAUGGUGGCCCAUCAUCGUCGCCAUGGCCAUAUCCAGCGCUGGGGGCUUCAUCCUGGACAUCGCCGUUAGCCGGUUCAGCGGCCUGGCAGCCUUCCAGCCCGUCAUCAACGGGGUGAACGGGAACCUGGCGGCCAUCCACGCGAGUCGCCUGUCGACCCUGUUCGCGCAGCGGUCCCAACUGGGCCGGCAUCCGGAGGACGACUCCCGUUCCUGCGUCGACCCCAUCACGGCACUCUGCCGCCGGAACCGGCAGGCGCGGGUCUCCCAGCUGCUGCUGGCGCUGUCGCUGCCCGGCCACCUGCUCUUCGUGGUGCUGGUGUUUCUCAUGAGCGAGGGCAACAGCGUCCUCACGGCUCCCUUCGUGGCCUGCUACCUGGUCGCCUCGACCGUCCUCCUCACGGUGCUGCUGUACCUGGCCCGCAUCGGCGCGUACUGGAUGUGGCGGCGGAAGAUCGACCCCGACAACGCCCUGAUCCCGCUGCUCACGGGCUUCGGGGAUAUGUUCGGCACCGCCCUGCUCCUCGUCGCCUUCGUGGGCCUCGGCGCCGCCCGAGACCCCAGUGUAACGCCCAGCCACAACGCAGCCCGCCCCCCAAGCCCCGUCGCUCACUGAGAGAAACUCGAGAACGCCGUCCAGAUGCACUAGGGCCUGCCCCGCACCACCGAAAGCCCAUUGACGUGCGUAUUUUACAAGUUGCGACCAAAUAAAGCCCCUUGAUCAAGGCGUUUUUUUACAA